CCAAGCGGAAUCAUUCAGAUUCUGUCCAUCUCUCAGUCUCUGCGGUAUAGCUUCGUGUCGGUGUCAACGAACGAAGGAGAGGAGGAGAACAAAAGUGCGUGACUUUUUUCUCGCAUUCCUUGAUCGGACACUUGCUCUCGAUCGUCAUACUUGUCCACUUCCUCUGCCAAACUUCUUAUCAUUUCCACUGUCUUGUCUGUCAGGUUUUUUUCUCAAGUACCAAAGUGCUUUUUUCUUCAAGUACUGAAGCGGCUCACCUUUGAUCGCAUCCUUUUCUCAGCGGGAAUCUUCACCCCGCAGACACGAUCCGACAAAACGCGUUGACACCUCCACUCGUGGAGUCUUUCGAAGAGGAUCAGAUUUAUCUCUCUCUUUCCUUCCCUUCUUCUCUUCUCUCUCUCUCUCUCUCUCUCUCUUUAUGUCUUUUUUUCUAUUCCCACCUGAUUCUUCCUCUUCCGCAAUCAUCAAAACCUCGCCUGGAUCUGUCGUCACCGUCGCACCGUGCGUGACGAUCGCGGGAAGUUUGCUAUUCGAUUGUUUGCACGAGUGAGAGAUAAGCGCGGUUACAAGGGAGAGAGAGGAAGUUCACAGUAGAAGAGGAAGAGGCGGUGUGGUUAAGGAGAAAGAGGAAAAGGACCUGUAGCUGAGAGGCGAGGUAGAGGGGAGAUGGUAAUGGUUCGCGUGUAGGAGGAGUAGGAGAAUCCGAAGGGCGACUUUUCUUUUAUUUGAGUUUGACACUUUGCCGUGAGCGCACAUACCGGAAGUAUCAAGUGAGAUAUCAAACUAUCUUUUCUUCUUUUGUCCACUGUGUCGACAGAUUGGUUGACUUAUCGAAAUUCCGUUAUUGAUGAAAGAAACCAAAAGAAGAACAAAGUGUACUAGGAGGGUGAAUAUACAAUGGACCGAAUAUUACCGGAUUGUUGGAUAGAUAUUGCCGGAAAAGGUGAAUUACGACUUCGCGAAGGUGUAAAUUGGAUAAAAAAAGCGUUCCAAAGCUAUGCUGAAGAAUUUCUCCAGCGCCGAAGAGAAUGCCAAAGACGGAAGUAAAACAAGUGCAACUAGAAUUUUAGUGAUAGUGACCUUUUCUCAUCGUGUACCUCGACGAAAUCUGGACAUUGCUAGAUUUCUCUUCGCAUAUUUUGUUCAGAGAACAUUUACAGUAUUUUCCUUCUCCAAAGAUAAAUAUAUCUAACAGAAUAAGCAAAAAUCAUCUCUGAGAUAUUUUACAUCGAACAUCGAUUUUGUUCUCGACAAACUCCAAAGGCUCUAAUAAGAACGUACGCGUAAGUGGUUCGUCAAAGUAUAGCGGAGCGUCAUUAUUAGACGAACGAGUCACGAGAAGGAAGGUGAUUACACAUCGAGAACGUACCUCGUCAUCGAGCGAGCGAGCUGACGAGCAAUAAGCGAUCACGAGAGCUGGGAUCGAAACGCGUAUACACGCUCGAUGAAUCGUCCGAUCGUCGCGGAAUAUCAUUGUUCCGUGGUAGUUUUCGGAACGACCCUUCGAAACGGCGAAACUGGGAGCUCUCGAAUCGUGCGGUACGUCAAAGGAGAAGCGCCGGUGCCCGGGGCGAGGUGGAGUCCUCGACGCGUGCCAGGCUGCUGAUCACAGGCACCGCGGCGAGAAGAGUAGGAAAAGGACCAAAGAAUACGAGAAAAGAGAGAGAGAGAGAAAGAGAAAAAGAGAGAGAGAGAGAGAAAGGCUACCUCGAUAAGAGCAAGAGAGAAAGGACGAGGAACAGAGAAAGAGAGAGAGAGAGAGAGAAAGAGAGAAAGAAAGAUAAAGGAGUAGCAUCAUUUCAAACGAGAAGGGGUUCUUCCGUUCGGGUGCUAGGGGUGUGUACAACCCUGGACAAGGGGUCGUACUCAACUCUUUAAAGUGGGCAAAACCGUGAAAAAAAAAGAAGACGUUUUUGUGGCGAUGACAGAAUGCCUCCGUCUCGUGCAGAACCAAACGAAGGACCGCCGCUCAAGAUCACUACUAGGACCGGCCUGGCCAUUGCUCUAUUGCUGAUCUUUCUCGAACAUCGACACGCAACUUGUCUGAUGAGCAACUCCGUAGAUAAUUGGAUGAAUGGCAAUGACAUCACCUGUGGCGGCAUUCCAGGAUUGUCGAAGGAGAAACGCGAGCUUUGCUAUAUAAAUCCCGAUGCUACCAUGGCUGCAGUUAAAGGGUUACAAAUGGCUAUAUCUGAGUGCCAAUAUCAGUUCACGUGGCAUAGAUGGAACUGUUCGUCCAUUACUCUCCGAAAUAGACUUCAGCAAAACAGUGUUCUUCUUCAACGAGGAUAUAGGGAGACAGCAUUUGCCUACGCGAUUUCGGCAGCUGGCGUGGCUCACAACGUAGCUCGUGCCUGUAGUAUGGGUCGCUUGAUCUCUUGUAGCUGCGAUCCGUCUAGCUAUAAAGGUAAAAUCCCAGCGAGUGCCAGAGGCGUACAAUGGAAAUGGGGUGGCUGUUCUCACAAUCUUGACUACGGCAUAGAAUUCUCGAAACAGUUCCUAGACCCGCGGGAAGAAGUUGGCGACAUACAGUCUACAGUGAUUCUACAUAAUAAUCAAGCUGGUCGUUUGGCAGUAGCCAGCAACAUGCAAGUACGCUGCAAGUGCCACGGAAUGUCCGGUUCGUGCGAGCUGAAGACCUGCUGGAAAGUCACACCGGACUUUCGGGUAGUCGGCAAAACCCUCAAGAACCGUUUCAGAAACGCUGUAUUGGUAACGCAGAACAAUAUCAAAGGAGAUGUGAUACCAAAUAAAAUUCGGGGACAGCGUCGGAGACGACCCGAUCGACAGAAAAAGAAACAUCGCGGCAAUCUUGAUCGUAAAAAAAAACCACGGAAUCUUGCCAAGCAGUUGUUCUACUACCAGAAAUCGCCCAAUUUCUGCGAACGUGAUCCGGAGAUUGACGUAGCCGGCACGACCGGUCGCAGAUGCAACAAGACUAGCACAGGUGGAGACGGAUGCUCCAGUUUGUGCUGCGGCAGAGGUUAUAAUGUUGUGCGACAACGACGAACGGAGCGGUGCAUGUGCAAAUUCCAUUGGUGCUGCGUAGUGCACUGUCAUAAUUGCACGGUAGAAGAGUGGAUCACGGUUUGCAAGUGAGACGGAACUUUGGCGGAGAAAAACAGAAGAGUAGAAAAAUAAAAGAUAAAAGUCUCAAAAAACUGAUAGAAAUCAAGGCGGUCUUUUUUAUUUUACUAUUAAGUCAAAAAUAAUAACAAAAACCGAUCGACUGAAAGAAAAAAGAAAAGAAAUUGGAAAUUUCAUAUUUGCACGCGAGAAUCCCUUAUAUAAAAUGUGUAAAAAUUAAUAUCGUGUUAUUAAGCUUAUCGAUUGCCAAUAUGAGACAGAAAAUUGAUAGAAUGGUUCUUAUUGGUAUUACUAAACACAAACAAUUUUUCCUGAAUGAUCCUGGAGAACGUGUGAUUAUAAAACAGAUCGCUCUGCUACCUUUGAAUCUCUUUCUCUCUCUCUUUUUUUCUUCGCAAAGAGAUACUGAAAUGUAAUAAUCUUUAUUAGUAAAAUCCGAUUUUUGUACUCCGACUGAACGUAUGAGAGAAAUAUGAAUCAAUUGCAGAAAUCCACUCAUAUCAGGAGAGAAUUAGCGCGAACCAUAGCGUGUGUGAAUACUAGAAACUAAUUUAUAGACAAAGCAAUAAUAACCUAAUUUAUUUAUAACGCUUUAUUUAAUUGAUAUUUAAUUGAUAUUUUAACUUUUAUAUAAGCCGUAAGACACCUUUCUCUUCCAGCACAGUAUUAUUAGACGAAAAAUAUGUGUCCUCUAUUCGGUGGACAUAAUUGUACACAACUUAA